GUAAUAAGAGUAUGGCGAAUGGCGCAAGAUUCGCUGGCGCUGGCUCUGUUUGGCUCCAUCCAUCUUUGGCUCCAGCUCCAGCUUCUCGGUCUCGCUCUGUGCACUAAUAGUGUACAGUCGCUAGACAUGCAGCAUCUGUUGAUCCAUCGCGCUGCUCCGCCUCGCCCCCAGUUUGGCACUCAUCGUCCAGCCACGGGAUCGCCAACGUUCGAAAGGCAGUUUUGCGUGAGAUCGACGGGUGCUUAGCGUAUAAGGCUGCUGUCGUCUCUCUCACUGUCUCUCACUCUCUCUCUCUCUCUCUUGCUAUAUGAGGAAGAGUAGAAGGUCGUGUGUUUGGCCAGGGAGUGAUAGGAUGUGAUAUAAGCCCAGCAUAUACCUACCUACUACCGUCUUUUCUUCCAGACAAGAUACCAUUCCAACAUAUAUAUACACACACAUACACACAUACGCCUUCAAACCACCACCUAUUCUAUAAAUCAUCGUUCCAAAGAAACUCUCACCACAACAACAACAACAACGACAACAACAAAAAAUGGCCCUCCUCCUCCCCCCACCCCUCCUCU